CACCCAUUCAUCAAUCUCUCGUCGCUGUCUGGUGGAGUCAUCCACCCCCAUUCUAUCUUGCAUAUCCCUAAUACCCUUUCCUUUCACGUCUCUAUCACAUAGAGGGCCGCGUCUGCGCCCCGCCUACCUUUCUUCUGAGCAGAGCCAAGUCCCUUGCUCUCUGCCACCCGCGACCUCAGCUUCCCGUCGUCGACUAUCGUGCCAACAAGAUGGAGGACAACCAGGUUAUGUCUGGUGGCGCCACUGAGGAUGCUCAGGCUAUUAACAUGGCACAGGAUGCCCCAGGUGAUGUGAUUACCACUUCCGGAUCGCAAUCGCAUCAGGGAUCUCCUGAGAAAAAGACCGAGACUGGCCCCGAUACUGAUAACCCGCUAGAUGCCCCCGCUUCACCCAAGCCCCAGAAUGCCGAUGGCGAACCCGAGGAUGAGGAGAUGGGCGGCACCGAGACGGAGACCAAGAAGGAGACCGAUGGAGGCGAGGACCUCGCUGAUGUUGCCGCACAGUCCGGCGCUGAAGGUGCUACAGAUGAACAGCCGGCGCAGGCCAAGGCAUCCAUUGAAGCCUCCGCGCGCUCACAUCUUGUUUCGCAAACCCACGCCAUCAUCCUCCCCAGCUACUCCACCUGGUUCGACAUGCACCUCAUUCACCCGAUCGAGAAGAAGGCUCUGGCGGAGUUCUUCAACGGCAGAAACCGUAGCAAGACCCCUGCAGUUUACAAAGAUUACCGUGAUUUCAUGAUCAACACCUACCGUUUGAACCCUAUCGAGUACCUCACAGUCACUGCUUGCCGCCGCAACCUUGCCGGAGACGUCUGUGCGAUCAUGCGCGUGCACUCCUUCCUGGAGCAAUGGGGUCUCAUCAACUACCAGGUGGAUCCCCAAACACGUCCGUCCAACAUCGGCCCUCCUUUCACUGGCCAUUUCCGAGUGGUCGCCGAUACCCCCAGAGGCCUCCAGCCAUUCCAGCCCGGACCCAACCACUUCGUCAAGCCCGGAAAGCCUUUGCCGGCCACGGAUCGUGCAGCAUCAGCCACCCCGGCUGCCAAGGCGGACCUGAACCUCGAGAUCCGUCGCAAUGUGUAUGAUGACAAGGGCAAGGAGAUCACCCCUGCUACGGAGGACAAAGACAAGCAGACCAAUGGCGAAGGCUCAACGAACGGUACGACGGGCGAUUCGACCAAGGCAAUGGAGAGCACUUCCAAGGAACCGAGAAAGAAGUUCAACUGCUUCUCCUGUGGCAUCGAUUGUACUCGCCUCAGAUUCCACUACGCAAAGGCGACCCCGGCAACCGCCAACCCAGCUGCACCUGACACGAAGUACGACCUGUGCCCCAACUGUUUCCUUCAGGGCCGGAUGCCGUCCAGCCACAGUGCUUCCGACUUCGUCAAGCUCGAAGACAGCCCAUACUCGAUUGCCCCCGACCGGGAUGCUCCGUGGUCGGAUUCGGAGCUUGUGCUGUUGCUGGAGGGAUUGGAAAACUUCGACGACAACUGGGAACAAAUUGCCACUCACGUUGGUUCUAGGACAAAGGAGGAGUGCGUGAUGAAGUUCUUGCAGCUGGAGAUCGAAGACAAGUAUCUGGAUGAUAUGCCCGAGGUUCGUGCAGGCAAUGGGCGGGAGCCUAUCAGCCAGACCGAGAAUCCUGUCCUGUCCGUGGUUGCGUUCCUUGCACAGAUGGCCGAGCCUGCCGUGGCCGCAGCUGCCGCCGGCCGCUCCGUGGAGGAGAUCCGCAAGGAAUUGAGAAAGCAGCUCGAGAAGGGCUCUGGAGCCCAAGACAAGGGCAAGGAGAAGGAAGGCAGUGCCACAGUUAAGGCCGAGGAUUCUAUGGAAGUGGACUCUGCUCGCGAGGAAGCAACCGAGCAAGCCGUCGAGGUUGCUGGCUCCGACAAGGGCAAGGCUUCCCUUCCCACCGUGGCCCUUGCGGCCUCCGCCGCUCGUGCUGGCGCCCUGGCUUCUCACGAAGAACGUGAAAUGACCCGCCUGGUUUCAUCGGCUGUCAACGUCACCCUCCAGAAGUUCGAGAUCAAGCUGCAGCAGUUUAACGAGAUGGAGGAGAUCAUCGAAGCCGAACGCCGGGAACUUGAGCUCGCUCGCCAGCAGCUCUUCCUCGACCGUAUGGCCUUCAAGAAGCGCGUCAAGGAGGUCCAGGACACUCUGCAGGCCGUCAGUCUUCGGGGCCCUGGCGAGGAGACCAACAACAUGCUUGCCGAUGCUGCUACGACCGGGAUCGGCAACCGCUAUAACUUCCAACCGGCAGGAGGUGACGUUAGAGGCGUGCAGCCGCUGAGUGCAGAAACAGGCGCUGACUACAAGACGUUGGACCUGUAAUGUACCUAUGAAAAGGGAAUGUUUCGCCAAUGAUGACAUGCUUUUUUCCAACAGUUGGAGAGAAAUUCAAUAACCCUUUCCUUUCAUUUCUAACGACCGGACGAAGGAGCCGACCGGGGUUGCUUUUUCAAUAAUAUCCAUUGUAUUGUACAAUAUCAUAGGGCUGGACAGGAGUGGUG